UCUGUGAAAAUGCCCUGCACCUGUAAUCAGAACAACUGGAGGCGAUGGAUCCGGCCCCUGCUCGUACUUAUUUACAUAAUUUCCAUCCUCGUCUCAGUUUGCUUCGGUAUUUGGGAACUUCAAAAACUAAAGGCUGGAAUGCACAUACAACCAUGGCUUAUUGCUGGUGUCUUGAUGCUGUUGACAAUCCCUGUGUCCCUCUGGGGGAUUGUGCACCACUUAGUGCAUUUCACGCAACCAGAGCUUCAGAAGCCCAUUAUAAGAAUUCUUUGGAUGGUUCCAAUAUACAGUUUGAGUAGCUGGCUAUCUUUGAAGUAUCCUAAAAUCGCCAUCUAUGUGGACACCUGGAAAGACUGCUAUGAAGCUUUCGUCCUCUAUAAUUUUAUGAUGUUACUCAGGAACUACCUACAAAUCCAAAUCCCCAAUGUGAUGGUACACCUGGAAACUAAAGAUCAGCAACAGCAUCUCCCCCUUCUGUGCUGCUGUCCACCCUGGGCUACGGGAGAAAUGCUGAAUUAUGUGUGCCGAUUGGGAAUGUUACAAUAUACUGUCAUCCGACCAGUCACUACUGUGACAGCAUUGGUGUGUGAGAUUAUUGGUGUCUACAAUGAAGGGAACUUAAGUGUCAACAAUGCAUGGACUUACCUGUUUAUAUUAAAUAACUUGUCAGAAUUCUUUGCCUUGUACUGCCUCUGGCUGUUUUAUGAAAUGCUGAAAGAAGAGCUCAGAGGUCUAAAACCUGUUGGCAAGUUUAUUUGCAUCAAACUGGUAGUCUGGCUCUCAUUCUUGCAAGCAGCAAUUAUAACUGUGUUGCUAAAAGUUGGAAUAAUUUCAGAGACACUUACGAAGGAAUGGCAAAGUCCUGAAGCUACGGCCAUAGGCCUGCAAGAUUUCAUCACCAGUGUUGAGAUGCUUUUUGCGGCAUUUGGAAACCAUUAUUUUUUUUCAUAUAAGCCUUAUAUAAAAGAAGGAGAGGAAGGCUCAUGCUUUGACUCCUUCCUAGCAAUGUUUGAUGUGUCUGAUGUCAAGCAUAAUAUUACCGAGGAUAUGAGAUAUUUCGGGAGAACUAUGCGAGGUUGUCCCAAAAAAGAUGUUGUCCUGAAAACCCAGAGCAUACUGAUCACACAAGUUGGCUUACCUCAUCACCACACAAUGAAGGUUCUCCAGGCUCAAAGACAUCCUUUCCCCAGGGCGAGUAUAGGGGCUUUGGACACGAAUACUCCCCAGAAUGCAGCUGUUGCAUUCCAUCUGGGUGAACAUGUCAGGAUUGACAUCCCAGAAGAGAAGGGCCCUCCUGACGGUUCAGGCUAA